AUUUGAAAUUCCUCGUCUAUGAUUAACAUUAAACUAAUAUUUCUGGUUCAAUAUAUCGCUAGAUAAUUAUUAAUACAACAAUAUGUAGUAUGUCACACGUGAUAAUUAAGAGUACCCAUUUACUACGAGUUUUAAGUUAUUUCGUAACGUAGCAUUAAUAUUCAUGAUUUAAAUCAAAUGCUAAUUUUAUUACAACACCUAAAGAAAUUAUCGUAAAUUUAUAAUAAAACUCGACGCGUAAUAAACCUAAUAAUAUGUUUGUACAACUUACGCGAGACGCGAGUGUAAAAAAGUGCAGUUUAUUGAACUAAUUUCGGAACCCUACUUCCUACUUCACUCCAAAUAAAUCAACAUAAACAAAAAAAAAAGUAAACAAGCAGAAGGCAAGAUUAGGUUAUGUUAUGUUGUGGCAUUUUGAUAGAUAUGCCUUCAUGAUGUAAUCCUUUUAAAGUAAUAGAGCGUAAAUAUUUGUUUGUUGAUAUUGAUAAUGAAUAAAUCUUUUAGAUAUAAUUAUUAGGAAAAUUAUUGUUGAAGACUCGAUAUUCCAGAAGACUGUCAAAUCUGAAUAUUUUGUUUCAUGGUAUCAAGCACUUUAUUUAUAUUUAAAUAUUAUUUAUGUAUAAAUUUAUCGUGUCUCUGUGAUAAAGGUUUAAUUAUUUUAGGAACGAACUGAUAUGUGAUACGUAUUGGCGUAAUAUAAUGGAAUUUGAUUCCCACAGCCAAUGUUCUGGUGAAGGAGUUGAACUAUCAAUCUCAGAAAAUGGGGAAAUAUACUUGUCGGACUAUCCCUUUUUGGAAGACAGGCAACCAUCAUUUUUGGAGGCAAAAACAGUGUAUUUGCUAAUGCAAAAGGAUAUACCAGUAUCUAGAACUUCCCGUUUACAGUGGCUCUUAGAUCAUCUUAAUACUAUAAUCACUCCUAGUCAGACAUUAAUUGAAUCCUACAAUAACCUAGAGAUUAUAUCUGUAAUACCCCGAGAGCAAAGCUAUGCUAUCAAAUGCAAUAGAUAUUUAGUAACUUAUCGUACUGAAGUUAAAUUUAUAGCACAUAGCUAUAGAUUUGUUUAUUGUUUAGAUAUGAGUCCGUCACAUGCCAAUGUAAGCAUGCAUAAAGAUGAAAUUUUUUUUGAUGUCAUUUUGAACUGUUUUAAAGCUAGCAUUGAUGGACUUUGUAAAGAGUUUUCUGUACCUGGAAAUACCACUACUUUUCUACCAAAUAUUUAUUUAACUGUUAUUGUUAAUACGCCAUUUUUUCUAAGUCCCGCGCAACAAGUUUUAGUAAAAGGAGUACAAAUUUCACAACGAAAUUUACAGGAAAUUUUAAAAUAUGUUGAAAAACAGUUUCAUAUAUUGGAAGAAAAAAUUGCUGAUGCCUGUUGUGCUGCUUUGGACCAGCUGGAUUUUCAAAGAAACCAAAAUGAGCGUUUAAUUGGUGACUUAUUUGACAUGCCACCAGAAGAUGGGAAAAUGUAUUCCAGAAUUCCUAUGGUCACACCAGAUGUUAAUUUUGUAAAUAUGUUACGUUACUCAAUGUUGGCUAUUUCACUUCUUCCAGAAAAUAGCAUAAGUCAUAUUCUAGUCAUAACGGAUGGGGUUGUUGCAAUGCCUGAUUCCAAUAUAAUGGAAUCUUUGUUAUUUCAAUUACAUUAUGAUAGCAUAGCCAUAUCAUUCUUACGAGUCGGUUCUACUUUCCACCCUCAUUCUGGUGCUGGAUUCGUAUCCUAUACUGAUUUACUUCAUUUUUUCGCUUAUUCCACUCUGGGUACAUGUAUGGAUAACUUUGUACAAGUUUCGAAUAGUCCGUCCACUGAGAUGAAUGUUUACCACGAAAUGUUUUUGUUAUGGUCCUUUCAUAGCCCGCCUAAAUACGCUUGUACAAAAAUUUGUGAUAGUGACAAAUGGGCUCUAUCAAAUGAAACUUUCUGUACUCAUAAAAUGCCAUCUCUUCUCUCCAAAAGGCAAACGGAUGAUAAUACCAGUGCUUCCAUUUUACUUUUAUUGUCACGACGUAUCAGAGAAGGCUUCACAAUAGAUAACAUAUUUUUUAUCGAUGGCAAUUUAGAAAUUAAAUUAUUGCUCCAGUGGAAAUGUUCUAUAUACAUUCAUUACAAAGUCAGAGCACAGUGGCCCAUCUUAAAAAAUAUAACACAUUUUGAAGUAAACAUAUCAGCCCCGUAUGAAUUCCUUCAUGAUAUCACGUGUUUGGUAAAAAAGGAUACGAAAUCCGUGUAUAGACAAGCCAUUAUACAGAGAUUUUGGAUAAGACUGUCUCAAUUAUCUUCUGGCGAUUUAGGGCUAGCUCAACAAUUAAGUUCCUUCCAAAGUAAUAAAGACUGGUAUACUUUGCCAGAGAGUGUACGAAACGGCAUACCUGUUUAUGUUUUGAACAAUUCUAGUUGUUCAGAUGCUACAAGACUAAUUUUGUCACCAAGUGAUGUAUCAAGUUUAAAAUUUAUUAACAUGUGGCAACCCCUCUGCCAAAUGGAAACAAACAAUUGGAGAAAAUGGUUUCAUGUGCAUAAAUUUUCCCUUAUAUUGCAACAUGACAAUCCUCUUCCGAAGUACUUACAUUUAUCGAAUUCGUCACAAAGAUACCAAGUUGUUCAAUGUCGUCAAGCGGCCACAGCAUUAUAUGGUUUGUUGGCAGAAUGGGCUUCAUUCGUUUUAAUAGAUAAUCAUACAUACUUAAAAUUACUGUACAAAGAAAAUGAUAAACCUCCAAUUUGGUUUUGUAUGGUUAGAAUAUCUUCAAAAUUUCCCUGCGCAGUUCUUAAUAUUGCGUUUACAACUGGGACACCAGGACACACAAGACAUGAGGUUUGUGAAGAGCUGAAACAAGAAGUAUCAGCUUUAAGUUAUCUAUCAAGUCCCCAAACAAUUAAAGAAAAAUAUUGUUGUAUAAUGUUGCAAAAACCGCUAGAAAAGAUUCUCAUUAGGUAUGAAAAGAUACCAAACAGUUAUUCAACAGUAAUUUUUCCCGAUGGUACACAACCUCCAAAUUCAUGUUUACAUUACCCACCUGUAUCAGGAACUUUAUUUACCACCCUGUCAAGGUACCUGUUUCAUAAGCGCUGGAUAUGGAGUGCUACCCUUUCUUCAAAUCCUAGAUUGCCAGACAAAUCAAUAGCUAGAAUACUAAAUACCCUUACCAGGAUGAGAAUUAAAGAAGGUUUUAGCUUUGCCCAUUCGGCAUCUGGAAUCAUAACCAUGGUAUUAGAAGUCGCGAUGGAACCAUCUGCUACAUGCAUAUUACAAUAUGUCCUUUUUCCUCCACAUUGCGCUAACAUAUGUGAUGAAUUUUAUAGUGGUUCAGAUGAAGACAACGACCAAUCAUCUGAUAUAGAAGCUGAGCUGCAGAUGGUAACUGAGGUUUGGAUCGAACCUCAGUUCGGUACUGUAGUUCCAAAUAAUCCUAGGAUCUCAUAUGCCGAUAACAAACAUUAUUUUGAGCUGGCCGAUGCGAUUUAUACAGUCGAUUGCCAAUGCAUAAGCACUCUAUUGACCAUGGAACACCUCAAUAUCAUGUGCCAAGAGAGAGAGCAGAUGGAAGAUAACAAUUUUAACGCUUACAGCUUUAUAAGUUCUAGUUCAAGAAAAAGUUUUUCUCGUAGAAGUAGCAGAAAUAGUUAUUUAGACUCCCCAGUACCUGACAGGGGAUCAGUUUUUACCAACACAGUUUAUAGAACUCAAUGGUAUCCCAUAAUUUCACCAAGAAUAGAACACAUUCCAUUUAAAUUCGACCCGAUCAGCAUCCUGCACUUAUGUCAACAAACCGAACUGAUGUUUUCCAUGUUUACUGAGACGAAGGAAAAGAGAUCCUUAAACGAUAAUAAUGUAGAUAAGGCCAAUAGGCUAUUAUUAGAAAAUAUCUUAGAUCAUUUAUCAUUACUUCACGAUCACGAAUUAGAACUAAAUAAAGAAGAUUCUGAUAGAUUUACUCAAGAAAUUUUACUUAGGCAUAAGAAUAAACCUCCCCAUGUUUGCCCAAUAUCCGAAGGACUUUCCUAUCAGGAAAAUUCACAACAAAACGAUGAAAAGACUGGCUCUCAAUGGCGGUGUUUCAUAAAGGGCAUAUCAGUAACCCAUGUAAUAAUAACUUUCGUUGCAUCCUCCCUUGAUGUUCUCAAAUCGCUGCUCUCUUCUGAUAGUACAAACAUUCCAAGCUUGAACCAAAGCAUCGACAGUGUAGAUAGAUCCCCUAGUAGAGAAAGUAACUACAGCGAUGUUCCUAUUAAUACUCUAAACGCCUUAUGUUUGCCAAUUUAUGUGUUUGAUAGCCCCUUAGCUAGAUUAGUGAAUGGUUAUGUUGAUAGUUGUGAAGAAAACUCACCGCCUAAGGAAGACGUUUAUGAAGAUCAUCGGUUCAAAAUGAAUAAUUUCAUCCAAGAAGAGUAUAUCAAAUUAAAGUCUGAAGAUACGUCUGACGUACCAAAAGUUGUAAGAGAAGAAUUUGAAGCGGAUUAUAAUAGCUUAAAACAACACUGUAAAACUUUGGUUACAACACAUUCAAAAUGUUUUACAACAUCCUUGUUUUACGCACUACACAUGGGAAUUUACCUACAUAGCUUUGACGUGCAAUCUGCAAUGGACCAAUGCGAGGAAUCUAUAACAGAAAUAGAUAUUACGGAAUACAUGACCACAAUUUGCGCGCAUGUUAAGCAAACGGAUUCCGAAAAUAUUUCUAUAAGAGAAUUGAAUAAUGCUUUACCGUGUGCGGACUUGAAAUCUCUACAUUCGUUGAUCAAAGAAAAAUUUUUCAAACUGAUUAGCAGUGUUUUUUAUCCAAUACCUACGAACAGCGAGUUUUAUUUCUACAAAAAUUUAAAAAACUUUGAAAUUAUUGAUGAUAAUGUCGUGGAUAGUGACGAUGAGAUUUCCGAAAGCCAUUCUGAAAUUGUUGAAUUUAAAUCUGAAGAUAUAAGCAUUUUUUCUGAAGGGCCUCACAUUCUUCAAAGACUGGAAAGUGGAGUCAGUGCUAUUAGCAAUUUUGCCCAUAACAACGAAGUUAGCCCUUUGUUUCUUCAUCUCAUUUGCACGUUAAGGUACAAUGGGGGAGAAUGCUGUAAUACAUCUUUAAAAGUAUUACCAACGUGUUUAGGAGAAUUAAUUCAGAACUUGGAAAAACCUACUGAAGACAUCGACAAGUCUAAUUUACAAGUGACUUUGGAUAUGCUGUGCCUUACGUUGCCUUCAGAUGUUCAAAAUAUCAUUAUUGAUUACUCGACUCAGGGACUCAGAACCACCUCAUUUUCAUCCGAUUUUCAACCAAGUACAGGAAGUGGAACAACAAAUGCAAGCUACAGUUCACAAGUGUCUGAACCGUUAAACAAUCUUUCCGAAACACAGAAGAAAUCAAUGCUAACUCUAAGCGACGAAAUAAAAUGGCUGCUUUGUGACGAAAUAUGUACUGCUCUAUUAGAUAAAGAUCCAGUUACCACUGAUACUCUAAAUUACGUAAUGGCCCAUGUCAAUGAAGGUAUAAGCCGCGUGACAACCUCUUGCGUCCAAGAUGUUAUAAAAUUACAUUUUGUUUAUGCUUCUCCUCAUAGCUAUGAAAAGUUCGUGGAAGAAUUUGCUAAUUUGAAACUGCCAUACAGUGGCUACAAACUCUGCAAACAAGAAGAUCAUUAUUAUCUAGCAAAAGAUUCUAUUGAAACAAGUGUUGACAGUCGGGAACAUAGUGGUUUUAUGCAAAGUAGCUUAAGGCAUAGUAACUUUGCCCACAACUUGCCUAACGGAUUUCUUAAUGCUGACUCGCACGAAAUCUAUAACACUUCUGAUGAGCAUAAUUUUAAGGAACACAUUUCUCAGCAAAGUGAUAUUUCCAGUAUCAACGAGAGUGGUCCAGGUACAGAUGGAGGUUAUGAUGAAGAUGUGAGUGAGGAUUAUGAAGAUUAUGAUUGGUUAAUCACUUUAAACAACAAAAGAAUACAUCUGCCAAACUUUUGGUUAAUUAUGAAAGUAGCACAAGACGAGGUUAUAAUAUAUUUUCAUUGUCGGUUUCUGGAGUUACCAACGAUUCAAGUAGGAGUCUAUUUGGAGGUCCAAAGAGCAGUUUGUGAAGCAGUCAGAGAUCUGUGUAAAAAAAUUAAUCAGUUACUGUUGUUACAAACACUCUACGAGACCAAGACCUGCGAUAAUUUAUUAGAACCUGAUGAUAGUAAUGAUAUUAUUUGCAACUCGCCAAUAUCUCGAAUUCCAUCUUAUGGUAGACUUAAGAGCUUUGAAUUAGCUGAAAACAACGAGGACGGCGAUUUAAUGGCGUAUUCGGCAUCUUUAUCAGAAGCGUCCUUAAAUUUUAAAAUUGGAGAAUUCAGUUGCCCAGUGGUAUGGGAAACCCCAUUUAUUUUGCAUCCAAGAUUAAAAACCGGACCUGGAAAGUCGGGAAUAUCCAGAGGAGUUUUAGCUUUGAAAAACAUUCUUGACAAAUUUUCGGUUUCAAAUAGAACAAACAUGUUUGUUUAUAGAGAUAAUCAACACAAUGUUUUUUAUUUAAGACUUCAAGAGAAUAUGCAUGGUUCUGGUACAAAAUCGUCUUUAUUAAGAACUAGCGAAUUUGAGAGUAGUAUCGUUUCAAGAAGUCCAUCUAUUGCUUCGCUACCUCACAAAUCGACUCUUACUCAGUCUGAACAGAGCAUAACUUCAGCCAAUUCGACCGACAUACGUCCAAGAGUACGUUCAUUCGGAGAGAAAGAGAGUAAAGAUACUCCAAAUGAAGAUACGCUAAUUCUGAAAGUCCAUGGUAUCAAUGAGGCUGGUUCGGACGUCCAACAUGACUUGGUGCAGGUUCUGCAAAACAGGUUAGAUGAUGCUGUACUAGAGUUUUUGUCAAUAAUGUUAGCUAGAAAUGCCAUGUGUCCCCUAACACCUGAAGAUGUCCAUUUUAUUCAAAGGCCUUUUCGGCCGCCUGAAGUUGUUAUAAGGCUGACAAUUCAAGACUUUGCCUUUCAUUGGUUGGAAUCGUUCAUUCAUUAUCUCAAACAAAACCUUCUGCAGUUUUUGAAUGUUCCAAAAUAUACCGACAAUAGACCCCACUCGCAUUUCAAAGACUAUGCAAAAGCUGAAGAAGGUAGUGAGGAUAAUAUUUUAAUUUACAAUCAAAGUCAAAACCCUUCAUCAGGAAGUCGAGGCAUAGCAUGUAUAGCCUUAGAUUUUAUAAAUGAUUCCGAACGAUCUAGAGAAGAGGAAUUCGAAUUUUCAAAUAUUUUUGAGACUGAAACAUUUGAUGCAACUGUAACUUCAGAAAUUAUAAACAACGAAGAAAUGUUGCCACCAUCUUACCUUGAAUUUCGACUAUGGAAACAAGGACGCGUAAACAUUGAAAAUUUAUCGGAAAAAUUAAAAUCUGCAGUCUCACAAGCUUCAUGGGAUAUCAUAACAGAGUACUAUCUUCUAAAAAAAUCUCUCUGCGUUCAAAACACUGAUGUGGAUGAAUCCUCAGGAACACCGCCAACUCAUUUGGAAAGCAGCAAUUUUAUUUUCGAAGAUGAAAUCCACUUUAAUUGUAUUUUGAACAUGAAAUCCGAUAAUAAUAUUAGACAUACGUUAAUGGACAUAGAGAAACCAAAAUUUGUACAUAUUUUGUCCAAAAAGAAAAUAAACAGAUACAUAAUACAACCUACACCUAAAGCUAAAAGAUCAAUAACAUUUGAUGACAGCAGUAAUAGGCACAAAAAACAUCCCAAAGAUAAGCUUCUCUCACAUAAACCAUCUCCGAAAGUUACCCCAUACGAAAGCGGCGAUAGAGGGGUGCUUUCUACAAUCUACUCCAAGUAUUUACCAGAGUGGUUGGAAUUCGGGCACCACCUGAACACACCCUCGGUCAAAAAACAUAAAAUAACCCUAGGAAGUCGACACCUGCCAAAUAUCGUUAUAGGAGAACUGAUGAAUAUCUUAAAAGAUUUCCCUAAAGCCUUCAGAUGCAUUCCCACAAACUCCGUUAAAAAGAAAAACGACGGUUUUUAUGUUCCUUUCGUAGCUUCAAGUUUGAUUCCCAAGUACGUCAUCAUUUCUAGGAACCUGGAUCAUUGGCAUGCCACAGUGUCUGUUGAAAAUACAAGCGACAUCCCAGAUUUUUUAAGCCCAAAUACUUUGAAACAUACGCAGAAAUUCAUUCCUGAAAUUACGGGUAAUAUUUUCAUACCAAGACAGAAAAUAUUGUGGAUAUCCGUUGAAAAUGAUAGUAUCAUUAUUUACACUUACAAUUGGACUAAGGAAAACAUUGACAAGUUAUACACAAGCUGUUCGAACUUGGGAUCUUGGCUGUGUGUUAGAUCAUGCUUUUUAAAUUCUGUUACUUCCCAGAAAUUGGGUCUCUUCCAUAACCAACCUCUAACAAGAAAAGUAUUUAUGAUUCAAAAUAAUCCGUAUGCAAGCCUCUUAGGCAACGUGGAAAGCAUGAUAAGUUUUCCAAAAGAUCAUUCACAUAAAAGAGUUCAACUUACUUACAAUCUGCCAACGACUUUAGAAGCAUUUAGAGACAAUUUCAGAAUUUGCAGACUUGCCUCUAUCGAUCCCGUGGUCACUUUUACUUCUGAGAUGCGGGAGAUGAAAAGUAUAGAAAAACGCGAUAGAGAAGAACUGAAGACUCUUCAUGGGAUGUAUCAAAGCAGAACUAGUACGACAAGUGCGAAUCAGUUAAUUCUGUUACUACAAAAUUCUAGGAUUCUGCAUUAUUGCCAUACGCCUUUGCUGUUUUUGCCAAGGUGGCGUCUUAAAACUUUUUCAACCAGGGACCAUUCUCUUUAUCCUUCUCAGGCUAUUCAGUUAGCAGACAAAAUGGCGUCUGAAGAAAAGGAAAUGUGGCACACAGAGUUGUGUUACGGAUUUUUCCAAGAGUAUAGACAUUACAUGCAAACUCUUGGGUUUAUACCUCUGCAAAUCGAUAAUACUCAUAACAAACCUGGAUUAUGGACCAAAGACAAGUCGUCAUACAAUAACGUAUUUUAUAUUCAGAAAACUAUUUUGGGAGGAAUUUUGAUAUUUACUGUAGAAUUUUCCGAGCCAUUUUUCAUGACAAAACUUUUGGCAAUCGAAUGUAACAGAUUACAAAACAUUAGCUCCAGAGCAUCUAUUAACAGGUUUACCUUAAGUUUUCUUGACGAAUGUGAUAGAGUCAAGAUAUUAAUGCAUUUACAUUCGUUCACUUAUGAUUAUCACCUGAGAUGUAUUCACAACUACAUAUCUGGAAAUCCUGUUGUAAACAAAGUUUGUGAUGGAUACAAUGUCCACCAAUUUUUGGAUGAUUUUUUGAAAUACUACAACAAAGCACCCAAUUUCGCCCGAAAUUUAGUUCACACAGAUACUCUCACUAUUCAAGACUUAGUCACAGAAGGAAAACAGCUGUUUGACUACCUACUAAGCAAUGUAUGUCAAUAUGAUUUUAAAGUUGUCGAAAUGGAUGUCCAUGAAGGAGAAUCCGAGUAUAUACUGGUCCAAGUUACCAGUGCACCGCAAGUUUCAUACAAGGAUUCACAAGACCAGCAGCACACAGAUGAUUUUGAUAUAACAUUGGUCGUGUACAAUCUUUGUACUCCGUAUAGCCCAAGAGACAAUGUUCUGCAUUUGAGAUACUACCUUAUUUUAACGUCAAAAAGGGAGAUCUUCCCAAAAUCGGAAGUUGACGAAAAACUAGGCAAAUUCAGAACAGUAUCGUCUACAGCUAGAAGCCUAUCGGCUUUAGAACGAGACCCUAAUGAACUGGAGUCGAGCACUGAAAAAAAUCAAAUCGAAUCAGACAUAACGAGUUCAUCUGAACUACCGACUGUAUCCGUAAACGUGAGCAAUGAAACUUUGAAUAACGAAAAUUCUUCUACCAGUCAUCAAUCCGGAUCUUGGCCUUAUGUGGAAAUCAAUCAGGAAUCGGUCAAUUAUUUAGGAUAUUAUUCGUCGCACGAACAGCUGAUGCAACAGUUAAUUUUGGAUAAAGCUGGAACAACGAAGAGACACAUCAGGGAGAUGGUAGAGAAAGGAAUGGUUCACUGUAGAACACAUUUAUUGUGGAACAGAUUAAUCUCUCCCCAAGAAUCGAAUGCUUUGAUCUAUGAAGAAUUUUUGGAACUCAAGAACUUGGCAAGAUUGGAGCACUUGUGCAAUCUAAAUCCUAAUUUAGGUCCGCUAUUGAACCAACCGCUGAGCUGGUAUCAAAAUUUAUCGAAAUUAUUACUAUCCCGAUACGUGGAUCACACUAGAAGUUUCAUUUCGCUCGAUGGCAAUAUACAGCAUUACGUUAUAUUACACAAAGAAUAUUUUAAUGCAUUUAUGUUGUUAUCGUUGGAUUUGCAUACGUCCAGGGGGGAGUUGUAUGCGGUAUACAGGGAACCUCAGAUGCAAGAAGAUACAAAGUAUUCAUUAUCAUGCCAAAAAUCACUUAUAGAUGAAUUUGUAAACUGUAUUUGCUUCUUCUUGUGGUCAGGAAUGAUAUGGAACUGAUUUUUUUAUAGAUAUAGUUCAUGUUGAAUUGAAACUUAUUUUUAAUAUUGUACCUACUCGAAAUUUUAUAAAUGAUCAAGUCUUAUAUAUUAUUGUAAUUUUAUAAUUAAUUUCUGUUUUGUUAUAAUUAUUAUCUUUAUAUAUCUUAGACCAAACAAAUUCUCUUUAUUUUUAAAUACUGUUACGUUUUACUAUAAUUGUUUUGUUAUUGUUUUUAUUUUGAAAUCGGAAUUUUUAAGAAAUUGUUUUUAUUACAGCUUGGAUUAGCAAAACCUCAGUAUACUGUGAUAUAUUUGUACAAAUGAAAAUAUUCCUAGUGCCUCACAAUUUAGUGUUCUAAAGUAUACUGUCAAUUUUUAAAUAUAUUUUAUUUUAAUAUUUGACCAUUUUGAGAAAAGUGCCAUGUUUUGUGCCAAUAUUAAUUUAAAUACAUUUUUGAACAAAGCUGUUUGUAUUUAUUUCCGGAGUACCAUAAGUUUCAAUUUCGUUGAUAAAAUUAUGGUAUCAGGUUAAUAGAAGAGCUAGGAGAUAUUUUAAAAAGGGCGGGUGAAUUAAGUUCCUUAUUGGUGAUUCAAAUUGGACGCAAGCUUUAAAAAU